AUGAAGCGAUCAAAGGAUUUCGUCUGCUUCCUAGCCAUCUACCACGUUAAGCAACGUCAUACAGCUUCCGCAAUGUCCAGUUCACAGUCACCAUUGGCGGACUCUGGAGGCGAUAAUGUAUCUCAAGAUACCAUACCAUUCGGUCCGAUUCUUCAAGUAACAGGCCUAACGAAACGAGUGUUUUCGGGUUUUCGUUUGGCUCAAGCUGCCCUAUAUGGCGUUCAAGCUCUUCUUGCAUACGUACUCAUGCUGAUUGUGAUGACAUUCAAUGGAAAUCUCAUCCUGAGCAUCGUCGCCGGUGAAGCUGUGGGUUACCUUCUUUUCACGGGAACACCACUCGUAGAUUCACAUUUGUCAAAUUGUUGUUGA